ACUCUAAAACGGCGCCGUUCUGAGAAUCAACAUUAGUGGCUUAUAUGUAAUAAAAUGACAAAACGAGGACAAAUAACAAUACUGAGUGAGAGAGUAGCAAAACUGAGUGAGGAGCGGCCAUGGAAACUGAUCCCAACCUCAGAAAUAAUUGAUAUUUUCCGGGGUAGAUUAUGUGGUGUUAAAAUGCGGCGGCGUUUGUUGAUGAUCAUCACCUUGGCAAUUGUAAUCGCCGCCGUAUUUCAGUGUUUUUCACUUCCUUAUCGGAAAAAAUGGUCGGUAUCAUCACAAGCUGAUGAGGGUUCUGUAAUUUUGCUGACCAGUAAUGCUAGUUUAUCGAAUAAAUUAAGACCACGGCCGGUCGAUAACACGAAUUUUUCCGACCUGGACGAAGUUGGAGAUGAGAAUGUUGGGGUAGACAGAGAUAUGAACUACAAUUUCUCAUCAAAUGAGAGUCGACACACUGAGCUCACAGUUGUAGCUCUUGACAAGAGUUUGAUGUCGGAAAAUGAUGCGAGUGUGUAUGAUAGUCCUGUUCGAGUAAGUGCUGGAGAUAUUAGACAUGGUAACUUGGAGUUGGAGCAGGCUGAGAAAUUUGAAAAUAUGAAAGCUGACACGGGUUUUACAUUUGAUGUAACAAGAGUAGCAGAAUUACAGCUCAAAAUUAAUGUCUCUGUUGCGUUAAAUAAUUAUUCGAGGGAUGGUAUUUCGGCUUUAAUUAAGGCGACACAACCAACUUCAAUAUCUCAGAUGAAUGAUCUGUUGCUUCAAAGUUUUGUUUCAUCUCAUUAUGUGAGGCUGCAACGGUCUUCAGCGCGUGAUCGUGAACUUCUGUUGGCAAAAUUGAAGAUAGAGAAUGCUCCUAUUGUAAGAAGUUCCACAGGACUUCAUGCUUCUGCUUUUCGAAACAUUUCCAUGUUUAAAAGGAGUUAUGAGUUGAUGGAACGCUUGCUGAAAGUUUACGUAUAUAAGGAAGGUGAAAAGCCGAUAUUUCAUCAAUCUAAGAUGAGGGGAAUAUAUGCAUCAGAGGGGUGGUUUUUGAAGCAUAUAGAGGGAAGUAAAAAGUUUGUAGUGAAGGACCCUAGAAAAGCUCAUUUAUUUUUCUUGCCAUUUAGUCCGCAAAUGUUAAGGACCUUUCUAUUUGGACAGAAACAUCAGAGUCAGAAGGACCUUGAAGGAUAUUUGAAGAACUACGUCGAUUUAGUUGCACAAAAGUAUAGUUUCUGGAACAGAACUGGAGGAGCAGAUCAUUUUCUCGUUGGCUGUCAUGACUGGGCAUCACGUAUCACUAGGCAGCAUAUGAAGAACUGCAUCAGAGUUCUUUGUAAUGCCAAUGUUGCUAAAGGCUUCAAAAUAGGAAAAGAUACAACUCUUCCAGUUACAUAUAUACGUUCCGCUGAGAACCCAAUAAAAGACGUUGGCGGAAAACCUCCUUCCGAAAGAUCUAUGCUGGCCUUUUUUGCCGGAGGCAUGCACGGUUAUCUGCGACCCAUCCUGGUACAGUUUUGGGAGAAUAAAGAAUCUGACAUGAAAAUUUUCGGUCCAAUGCCACGUGAUAUUGAAGGGAAAAGACUCUACAGGGAGUACAUGAAGAGUAGCAAGUAUUGUGUAUGCGCUAGGGGUUACGAAGUUCACACUCCUCGCAUAGUUGAAUCCAUAUUCUACGAGUGUGUACCUGUCAUCAUAUCGGAUAAUUAUGUCCCUCCAUUUUUUGAGGUAUUGAACUGGGAUGCGUUUGCCGUGUUUGUCCAAGAGAAAGAUGUUCCAAACUUGAGGAACAUUCUUCUGUCGAUCCCGGAAGAGAAGUACCGUGCUAUGCAGUUUAUGGUUAAGAUGGUACAACAACAUUUUCUUUGGCACAAAAAUCCUGUGAAGUACGAUCUCUUCCAUAUGAUCCUUCAUUCAGUUUGGCACAACAGAAUCUUUCAGAUGAAAAUGUAAGAACUUAUAGAAAUGCUUCGUGUGAUGGCGUUUGAAAUAAACCUGACACAGAUUGUUGAAGCUCAAAGAACUAACUACCGUGCUGGUUGAUUUUGAUUGAAAUAGUCGUUGUGAAUCCUAGAACACGCGCUGAUGAUUGAGCAGACUAAUUGUUUAUCAAUCUUCUUGAUGACUAAAGUUAAUUGGCAUGGCUUACUGAAAAGUGGUCCGACUGCUCCGUGACCAAAUUACAGAGAUCAUAACUGAAAAGAUCGGAAUUCAUGCUAAUGUCAUAGAAUUACUGAUCAGUUUCGCUGUCAUGAAACCAAAUUGCUGUAUGAUUGAUCUGAAUAUGUACAUAAAUAGUGUUUUGUCAUAAUUUUGAAUGUAAAGUUGAGUGUUUCCUUUC